GCGGGCUGCGAGGGGCUCUGACCCGGCGGGGCAGCCGACCGACCGCCGCCGUGUCGUCCCAGGUCAAAUGUCAGCGUCGGGCCGCGGCAUUGACCCUGCCGCUGCGCGCCGCGCCACUUUCACCCCUGAGCGAGCGCGCCGCCACGCCGCGGAUGCUGCGGCAGUUGUGGCGUGUGCGCCGGAGUCGUCGCCGGCAUCAGCUGUGAGCUCCGGACGAGUGGCGAGGCAGCGCGCCGCCCCCGCCCCCGCCGCCGCCCGUGAGCGCCGAGCUCGGACGGAGUUCUGAGGAGCUGACACCGGACUGACUGCGUUUGGCCGCAGCUCGAUCGGGAGCAGCCGGAGGAAAUCGCCUCGGAGAAACGGUCGGCAUGGCGGCACAAAAACUAGUGCUGCUAGUGAUGACGUCACUGCUGACCCUGGUGACGUCACAACAGCCGCCGCCCAACUACAGCUACGACGCGCUGCCGGAGACGAGUUUCAGCUGUGAGGGCCGCGUGGUGGGCGGCUACUACGCCGACGUGGAGGCGGGCUGCCAGAUGUUUCACGUGUGCGGCACGUCUCAGAGGACCAGUUUCCGGUUCCUGUGCCCGAACAACACCGUGUUCGACCAGCAGCACCUGAUCUGCGCCAACUGGUUCCAAGUCAGUUGCGACCGAUCCACGGUCCUGUACGCGCGCAACUUCGAGAUCUUCAAAAAGGGAUCGGAGAAUGAAGUGGAGUUCAACGCACUUGAUGAGGAGGAUCUGCCCGAGCUGGGGGAUUACGAUUCUGGUUUCCAGGAGACGUCGUCCGGCGCCGGACGGUUUUUCGGCGGUGGUGGCGGCUCGCGGCGGGUCACGGCCGCUCCGGUGACGCGCCAGCCGGCCUCGCGCGCCCCGCGGAGGUUUGACCUGAGCACGGCGGCCACCACGCCCCGUCCGGCGGCUGCCACCGACAGCGUCAGUUUCCGUGACCAGAGCACAUUCGCCACUGCGAGUACGGCUCCGGCGCAGCGCGCGCAGUCCCGCCGACCGCUGCUACCGACACCGCUGCCGCCGCUGGCCCCCGCUGAGACUUCGAGAGUCCCUCCGGCGCCUGCCCCAACCUCGACCCCGACCUCAGCCCCGGUCGGACAGGACGUGCAGCGGGUCACCCUGGGGGAGUUCCGAGCCACCUCUCCGCGGCCGGUGCCGACGUUCACAACUCCGGCUCCGCCACUGCCGACAGCCGCCCCCGCCGCGGCCGGUGGCUCGUUUAGCACACCCGUCCCCGUGUUCACGACCACCGGCCGGUUCCCGUUCGGAUUCACCAGCGUGCCUCGCACCAACUUCGCGUUCGGCCGCGGCGGCUCGUUCUCGUUCGGCACGGGCGUGUCGAGCAGAGCGCCGGUGGCGCCGACGGCUGGUCCUCCAACGACCGCUGCUACGUCUCCACCCGAGCUGCCGGAGCUCACCAACGACCUCCGCGAGCAGGAGCAGCUGACCUCGGGUGAUUCCCGCAGGCAGUUUGACGGAACCGACCGGAACCGGAACCGUUUGAGGACAGGAGUCUCCGUCAGCAGCACACCAAGGCCGUUCAGCUCCCGCACGCUACCACCGACGACACCGGCGCCGUUCCGCGUCGUGUCCGUCUCACCCGCGUCACCGUUCGUGCGCGGCACGUCGCCGACGACCCGACCGAGCCAGGCCCCCACUGAGUCAGCGACGACGGUCAGCCCGGCAGCAGGCGGCUUCUUCGGGGCCAGUGUGGUGCCGGAUGUGGCCUCAACCAGCGGCAGGGCCAGAUUUGGAAGCAGGGGACGGACGCAGCCGGAUGCUGGUAGCUCGGGGAACUUCGGUGAUAUCAAUGCCAUAAAUAAUAUCAACGACAUCAACACUAGAACCAGGGAUGAUAACAGCGCCGAGAUCGGCAGAGGCCGACUGGAGGUGACGACCGCGCCGCCCGGCGGUCGUUUCAGCGCCACAGUGCCGACUCGUAGCCCAUCAACGAGAUUCUCCGGCAGCAGAGUACCGAGCACAGCCCAGCCCUCUAGUGGAGCCAGGGCCAGCUUCCGCCGCCGUCGGCCGUCCGCCGCCACCGCUGCGCCGGCCUCAGAGGGCGCCAUCGUCAGCAGGAGGCGCGGCUCGCGGUGGCGCGGCGGCUCCCGGGUCCGGCCCAGCGCCGAGCCGGUGACCGCGGUCAGCCCGGCGGCCGCUGUGGCGCCCUCUGUCAGUCCCAGCGCCGCUGCUCCGAGCGCUGCGGUCGGCGUGUCGAGCCCCAGCCGGCGGCCGGCAGUGGCCCGUCCCGUGCCGCGGCCCACCGCCUCCCCGCCCGCCGAGCUCACCAACGAGAUCGACAGCGCGCCGACUCGCAAACCCACGCCGCGCUCGCGCAGCCGCGGCCGCGGCAGUCGCCGGUUCGACCCGCGCCUGCCUGGUGGUGACCUCAGCCCGACCCAGUAUGUGAGGACUCGCGGGGGCCGGGGCCGGCUGGCACCGCCUACAGUGCCGCCGCCCACUCUGCCACCCCAGCUGAGCUCCAUCUCCGACAUCGCGGACGUCGAGGCGCUGACCGACCAGCUGAACCUGCUGGACGAGCAGGAGCUGCUGGAGGAGCUGGAGCGAGAGGACCGCCGCUUCAGGAACGGACCCGAGGCCAACAACAGGUCCAUCGACAGCUCGUCUCGACGUCAGAAGCUGCCGGACCGCGGCACCACGCCGGCGCCGCUGCUGAUCGCGCGCGGCCCGCCGCCCACCCGGCCGGCGCCGCGGCGACCCACAGCUCCACCCACGACCGCAGCUGCCGUCACCACGCCGCAGAUCAUCAGAAAGAGGAUCCGAGUGCGUGGUAGGCCGAGUCGCCGGCCGAGGGUGGGCGGCCGCCGGAGGACCACCACCACACGGCGCCCCACCACCACUACCACAACUACAGAGACCCCUACUACACCCGCGCCAACCCCGCGGACCCGUCCGGCCGUCACCUUCCCUCCCACCGUCCCACCAGCUCCGACAACCACCCCUGCACCGACCACAGAGGUCAGCACACUUCCCACCAACAAAGAAGCCUCUAAUAUAGGCCGUCAGAGCGGCGGCUUCUUCCUGCGACCCAAACUACAGCUAAGCUCAGCGCUACCCACCGAUCUACAAACCCGUCGUCUGAACGAUGUUAACGAGCUGGCUGCCGAGCGAACCGGCCGCUCACGAAACACCAGCCCGAUCGCCUUCAGUCGAGGGACGCGCUCCACAACACGUGCGCCGGAGGCCCGGCUCUCGGAGAUUCUGUUCGCAUCCAGCUCGCCAGGGAGGGCCGGAGGAGGCCGGACCGGAGACGCCGAUUAUGAUUAUCAAUACUACGACUCCGACUUUAGACUGGAGCAUCAGGAUGAUAUUGAAGACGUGAAUGAUCUGUUCCAGACUCUCAGUAGGAAAUCUAGGUGGACGUGAGAUGUAAUAGGGAUUGGACUUGAGGGAGGGGAGGGGUGCCGUCAUGAGGUCCCGCCGCGACGGACGUGUCAAAGCGGAAUCGGUGAAUAGAAGCCCGGUUUCUGAACUAACCGGGCACCGUCUUGUCGCCAUUCGUGUUCGUUGUUAGGAUAAAUAAGCGUGCGGUCUCAGACGUCAGUAUUUGGGAGGAGCGGUGUAUGAUAGUGUUCGUGGCACUGCGAGCGAGCUGAGAUAUGACUCGAGAGAUCACCACUAGCGAGUGAACGGUUCUGUCAUGCGACCCCAUGGAACUCGCGACUGUGCGAGCGAUAGCUUUAGUGUGCAUGUGAAAUGUGAGCGAAUGUCGUGGUGUGACAAAUACAUUAUGUACGAGC